AUGUUCAGACUCUCUUUUUCCUACCAGAGAGCGGAGAGGAGCCGCAGAAGACAUCACCGGGGGAACAAAGCAGCUGCGGCGGCCAGUCUAGCGUUACGACGUUGGCACCGGAGGGGGGCAGGCCAGAACGGCACUCUAGAAGUGGACACGUGGCGGACUGGGGCAACAAAGCUCGGGGCGUGGAGGAGAGCCGCUGAACUGCCGCCAAGAUCGAAGUCCCUCCUGCCAGCGUCCCUGUACCAUUCUGGCGACCACGGACUGGCGCGCCGUGGGAACUGGUCGCCAGAAGCUGUUCUUGGAAGGGCUUGCUUCCUCCGGCGAGAUCGUUCAGAGCGACCCACACCCAUAGCUGACGUCAGCAGUUACGUCACUCCGAGAGUCCGCGCUGCGGCGGAGGCUUUGAAGCAGGGCCGUGGGUGUGAUACGUGUCCGUUUCAGAGGCUGUGCCGGCAGCUAAUUCGGAGCAUCUGGACGGCUUGCUGGCUUCGUACUGAGGCUGGUGGUGGCGAUCGUCAGUGCUCUAGGUCCGGGGCCACGUGCACGCCCGCUCCGCCAAUGAACUCCCGCAGGAAAGGGACGGGAGACAACGGGAUCUGGCUGUGCCAAGAACGGAAGCGGAAGGGCUGAGCACGGAGACGGUCAGCGCCUCAACGAAGCGGAAGGGGCGACAGCGGCAAGGGGAAAACGCACAGAAAAAGGGAGGAAAGCGGAGGAGAAAGCGG